UUUCUCUAAAAAGACCCCCAUUAACUCAAACCUCUCUACUUUAUUUCCUUCUUUUUAAUUUCCUUUCUAUGUUUCUCGAAAAAGACCCCCAUUAACUCAAACCUCUCUACUUUAUUUCUUUAAUACCCUUUCUUUCAUUUCCCCUUCUUUUUUCCUUUCCAUAUUUCCCUAAAAGGACCUUAUCAAAUCAAACCUAUACUUCAUUUCCUUAAUACUCUUUCACUCAUUUCCCUUCUUUUUUCCUUCCAUUUCUUUCCACAACACAAAACAUGCCUUCUAGACACACACAACUCCUCUCAAUUACUCUACUACUAUAUGUUCUUCCAUUACUAAUAUUACUUAACUUUCCACCAAGAAUCACAGCCCAAGAAUGUCCUUACCCUUGUUAUCCACCACCAACCAGCCCCACAGGAAACAACCCUCCUCCAGCAACUACAACCCCACCAUCACCACAAGGGGGUGGGGGGUAUGUCCCAAACCCUCCAUCAACCAUCAAUCCAACACCACCAGCUGGUUAUAAUAAUAAUGAUCCUUAUAUUUACUCUCCACCAGAUUCUGUGAAUGGUGAAGCACCACCACCACCAGAACCAAUAGUCCCAUGGUUUCCAUUUUAUUAUAGAAAGCCACCUCAUGCGGAUGUUGAUCAAUCUUCAUCAUCAUCACCCUCUCUUCAAGAAUCAAGAACCAUGAAGAUGAUGAUGAUUACUACUACUAUUUUUCCUUUGAUUUUGCUUUUUCAUUAAGUUAGGUAUCUAUGUGAGUUUUGAUGUAAUUAGUAGAGAACGUGUUAAUAAGAUUGUUUGAGAAUUGUUGUAACAUUUUAUGUCUAUUGAAUGAUCAUCAGUUCCAUUUUUCUA